GUAUAUAUAUAUCUAUAUACAGAUUCGAAUGUUGUUUUGUUUACAAGCCGGCUUCCCUUCAAAUUGCUAAAUGCAGUUAGUUAUAAUCAGAUACUUUGUCAAAUAAUCCAUAAGUUAAGAAUGUUACUGCAGUAAUUAUGUAUCAAUUUUAUUUAUAAAAGACCACUCACAAUGAAUACCGACAUGGAGCUUCAAGCAUGGACGAGCUGAGGAAAGGCUUUGAAUACAUUAUUAUACCUUCUAUUCAUAAUUGAUCGGCUAUACUGUAUGGAAGUCCUAACGCGCACGAUUGCGCGCGCUUAGUCCAUUUGUACAACUUUUAUGCCUAAAUAUAAAUGAUAACAAGACUAAACUUUUAAAAUGGAUGAACCUUCAGCAACAGCAGAAGAAUCAAAGAAAAUCUCAGCAAUAAGUAAAGAAGCAGUUCAUCGUAUAUGUUCGGGACAGGUAGUGGUUGACCUUGCUGUAGCAGUCAAGGAACUAGUAGAAAAUAGUUUAGACAGUGGUGCUACAUCUGUAGAAGUCAAAUUGAUUGAUUAUGGGAAAACUUGUAUAACAGUAAUUGACAAUGGUAGUGGAGUUUUGGAAAAAGAUUUUGAAGGGCUUGGUUUAAAACAUCAUACAUCCAAACUAAAAGAUUUUUCUGACUUGUUACAAGUUGAAACAUUUGGCUUUCGUGGUGAAGCCUUAAGUUCACUUUGUUCAUUAUCCAAUAUGAACAUUAUUACCAGACACUCAACUUCUCAGUAUGCUUUUGAUUUACAAUUUAAUAAAAAUGGCAUUUUAACACAGAAACAAGAGUGUGCAAGGAAUCAAGGCACAACAGUUAAUGUCAGUAAUAUUUUUAAAAAUUUACCUGUUAGAUCCAAAGAAUUUGAAAAAAAUAUAAAAAAAGAAUAUACUAAAAUGAUACAGAUUUUGUACAGUUAUUGCUUAGUUUCUACAGGUGUGAAAAUUACUUGCACUAACACAGUAGGAAAUAAACCUGGUAGUGUUGUAGUUUCAACACAUGGAUCCAUAAACGUGUUAGAUAAUAUUACUGCUGUUUUUGGACGAAAAGGUAAAGAGAAUUUAAUUGAAAUUGAAUUGCAAUCGCCGAGUGAAGAGAUUCUACAAGAAUAUAAUUUGCCAAAUGAUAUUUCAAUAAAUUUUUCAUGGCACUGCUUUGUAAGCAGUUGUAGUCACACAUUAGGACGAUCCUCUCCAGAUAGGCAAUUUUUUUAUGUCAAUGGUAGACCUUGUGAUCCUGCAAAAAUUAGCAGACUUAUAAAUCAUAUAUAUCAUAAGUAUAAUAACAAACAAUAUCCAUUCGUAUACUUGGAUAUAAAAUUAAAACAAAGUUGUGCUGAUGUCAAUGUAACACCAGAUAAAAGAACAAUACUGUUUACUCAAGAACAAAUACUUCUUGCAACUAUAAAAUCAAAUUUUGAAAGAACAUGGAGUAAUAUGCAAGGAUCAUUUACUGUAAAAACCUUGGAAGAAUUAAAUUUCAAAUCUUAUAAACGUAAUAUAUCGGAUUCUCCAGAAAACAGCCCACCAUCAAAAAAACAGACUAUUAGAAUUAGUAAUAAUAGUGAAAAGCAAAAACCUGUUUCUAUAAUGGAAGAUAUCAAAGCUAAAUUAAGCAAAUCAGAUAAAUUAAGUAAAUUAAAUAAUUCAAGUAAAUCAAAAGCAGAAACUUCUGCAGUUAACAAAGAUAUUUUAAUAAAGGACGUUUUUAAAACAAUAAAAGAAAAUUAUUUGGAAAAUGAAAAAAAUGAAACAUGCGAAGUUAAAAUAAAUGCUAAUCACUGUGAAAAAAUCAAUGUUAGUAAUGAAAAAUAUCAAGAAAGUGAGUUAAUAGGAAAAAAUCAAAUGCAUUCAAAAAAUGAAAAUAAUAAAGCCUAUAAAAUAGAAAUAGAUCAUCAUGGUCAGGAAGAUGAAUAUGAAGAAAUACAUGCUGGUAAUGAAGAAGAUCAAGAAACUUUUGAGAAUGAAUUUGUUAUUGUUAAAAGAAAACUUCCAAAUCCAGACUGGCAUACGAAUUUACAAAUUAUUAAAAAUUCAUUUUAUGAGAGUAUUGAAAAAUCAAAGAAUAAAAAAGAGGGUGGGAUAAAAUACAGAGCUAAACUAGAUGCUAAAAGUUCAGACAUUGAAAAAGAACUUCAGAGAGAACUGACAAAAGAAUCAUUUGAAAAGAUGCAGAUUAUAGGUCAGUUCAAUUUAGGAUUUAUAUUGACAAGUCUGGAUAGUGAUAUUUUUAUUGUUGACCAGCAUGCUAGCGAUGAAAAAUAUCGUUUUGAAAAGUUAUCUAAUGAGACAAAGCUAAAAACUCAAAAAUUGAUACUCCCCAAAAAAUUAAACUUUUCCGUUUUGAAUGAAACUAUUCUUAUGGAGAAUCAACGUAUAUUUGAAGAGAAUGGUUUUACGUUUCGUAUAAAAGAUGAAGGGGAUCCUGGUAACAGAGUAGAACUCACAGGCAUGCCUGUUAGUUAUGGUUGGCAGUUUGAUCUAGAAGAUAUAGAAGAGCUAAUUUUUAUUAUACGAGAAGGUGGUGAUGAUGGAACCAGUACAAUUAUUCCUCGACCUACUAGAGUACGACAAAUGCUAGCGUCCAGAGCGUGCCGCAGCGCAGUCAUGAUAGGAAAAGCUUUGAAUUUUACCGAUAUGCAACGAUUAUUAAAGCAAAUGAGCCAAAUGAAAAAUCCUUGGAAUUGUCCUCAUGGAAGACCGACUUUACGACACUUGUUGUCAUUGAACCUUUUGUACCAAUAGAAAAUACUUUAACAAUUUUACAUACUGCUGAUUUUAAAAUGUACAUAAAAUGUAUACAUUGUAAAUCAAGUUUACUACUAUUUUAUAAACAAUUAUUAGAAAACAACUAUUUUUAGCUAAUUACUGUUUAUACAUUUUUUACCUACGGCCAUUUGUACAAAAGGUUAACAUUAAUUCAGAAGGUCGACUUUGAAAUUUAAAUCAUUUAUACAAAAUAGUCUAGAGUUUAUUCAUAAAAACUUUAAAGUAUCUAUACAUCUAUAGUAAAUCAUCUGAAUAAUAAUUAAUGUAACAUUAAUUCAUUACAUUUAUUUUAACGUACAAAAAAUAUUAAACACUAAUAGUCCUAAAAAUAUUGAAUCCUGAAAGUGCAGUAGAUACAACUGUACCAGGACAUUGGGGAUGCCAGUGCAGUUCUUUUACAUCAGUUUGUCCUUGGUGGAUAAAAAGCAGUUGAGGCGGCAGCUUUGCAACAUCUUCAUCUUCUUUUUCUUCUGAUUGAUCUGCUUCUACAGAUAAAUCCCACUGAGUUAUCUGAUCAUCAGCUCCGCCAGAAGCAAACACUGUUGCUUCUUGAGGAUGCCAUUCAACUGUUGUCACAGGAGCUGUGUGCUGCUUAAAUGUUGCCACAGGUGAGGCUCCAUCAGCGUUGAAUUGACGUAAAUCCCAGACACGGAUCGCUCCGUCAUCACCACCAGAUACAAGAAAUUGCGUUUCUUUUUUGUUCCAAGAUAUGACAUUUACGUCUGCUGAAUGAGCAUCUGUAGCUGUUAACAUACAAGCCGACUGUGGACUUGCUCUAGUAUCCCAUAUUUUUAUACUGAAAUAUUUUUAAACACGAAAAUGUAUUAACUUUAUUCAUUUUUAAAUAAAGUAUUAAUUUUUAUAAAAAA